GAGGUAACUUAUACCUUAACAUGGGGUCUGCAACCAAACACCAGGGCCACAAAUGGCUCUUUUUAGGCUCUAUUUAGCUUUGAGGAAAAAUGCUAAUGAAAAAUAUAAAACAGUUAUGAAUCAAUUAUUGGUAUAUUUAAAAGCUACAUUUAUAAUUAAAUUACUAAAAUUAUGUAAAUAACGUUUUUUUUGUUUGUUUUUUUAUGGUGUAGUGGGACUGUAGUGGUCAUUGGUAAAUUAUAGGAAUCAUAAGUUAAUUUUUUUGGGGCAUAACUUUACAACUCAAGCAGGCAUUUGCAAAAAUCCACAAUACAUUUUUAUACAAAACUUUUUCUUUCUUUUUUUUAAUAAUACGAGUAAAUAUAGACAAUUAAACAUAGGCUACAAUGAUGACACCAAAGGAAUGCAAUUUAAAUAAAAAUUAGAAUAAAUAACAUUUCUAGGGUGUGCUCAUAGAAUUGCCCAUUGGGUAUAAAUAAAGUUGUCUGAAUUGAAUUGAACUUGCAGCCUUUGGAGCCUUUAUGUUUUUAGAGUAUUGUUUUCUUUAACUUUUUGAACAAAAUACUAGAACAAAAUAUGGAACCAACGCAGUAUACCGUGUACAACUCAAAGAAAUAAUAAGCAGCUAGGGGUUGAUCAUGUAAAAUAUGCACAGAAUUAUAUCAAUAGUUUUGAGAGCAUUUUAUGAUAUUGAUUUUAUUUGAAACCUCAUAUCUAUAACCAGUUGUAGAAAAAUACGAUUUAUUAAUAAUACACUUACAAUAAUGUAUUAUAUAACUUCGCCAGAAGAAUUAGUUAAUUCAUUUUAAGUUUAAUUUCUUUUCCCGCCUGGGUUGGAAAUGUCGGCGCGUUCGCCUGACGUCAUCAGGGCGCGUCAUUAAUGAAAUGCGGUACUGGACGGAACAGCCUCUGCCCCACGGUGAUAACAUGGCAAAAGGAAACAGUGGGAAACUACAGAAAGCAGGACCCCAGAAGAGAAAGCCUGUUACUGAUGGAGGAGGAGAUGGUCAGAGGAAGAAGAGGAAAGAUGAAGGACCAGCUGAGCACGGAGAGGGUGGAAGGAAACGUCUGGAUGGUCCGAGCGUCGGCUACUUCCGCAGAGUUGGAGAGAGACUUGAUGAAGGUUUUCCAGAUGAUGAAGAGAAAGAAAUGUUUGUGGAGAACGUCCUCGCGGAGGUCAGAGGUAAAGCCGGCUUGGUGGCGACGGACCGAACGGGAAGCAUCACUCUGCAGCGGCUGCUCCCGCACUGCAGCCCCGAUCAGGUGGGGGAGGUGAUGGCCGAAGUGGGAGGAGCCUCGGGCGCCGAGUUCCAAGCGGUCUGUUGUGACCGGUGUGGAGGCCACGUGGUGGAGAGCGCGCUCAGACAGAUGUCCAGGUGCGCAGAUUCAUCACAGGAUGAUGAAGAGGAAGAUGAAGGGGGCCCUGGGGUGUUGGAAGCCCAGGUGUUGUGUCUGGGUCAGGUGGUGAGGGAGAAUAUAGCAGAGUUCAUCAGCCACGUUCACGGCUCCCAUGUGGUCCGCACACUCCUGCACGUGCUCACAGGCUGUCUGGGACCUCCUCGCUCGGAAGCCCGCCCAGGUGUCAAAGACCGCAGUAUUGCUGCUCAAAUGACAGACUUUGACAUCCCCACUUCCUUCUGGUACGAAAUGGGGAAACUGGCAGAGAUUUUGAUGGAAAACAUUAACCUCAGUAUUACCGAUGCCGUUGCCAGUGCCGUGUUCCAGACCAUGCUGACUGUGUGCCACAGGAAACGGCCUAAACUCUGCAAAAAGCUCCUUAAACGCACCAUGGAGUACCUCAUGAGUCGCAGCGCUGCUCCUGGAGUUAGCCCUCUCCUGGUUUUCUUGAAGGAUCAGGCCUCCAGUCAUCUCCUAGAGACUGUAAUACAGCUGUCCCACAUUUCUCUACUCCGUGAUGUUUACAAGAACCAUCUGAAAGGAAGCGUGGUCAGCCUGGCCCUUCAUCCUAUUGCUAACUUUCCCAUUCAGAGGUUAACAGCAGCUGCAGCCAAAUACAAGCUGUUUCCACGGCUGUUCGAUGAGCUGAUUCAGGGUGUGGAGGCCAUCUUGGCUGCAGGUCACAUGGGUGUGAUCGUUCAGCUGGCAGAGAGCUGCGCCGAAAGUGGAGAAAAGCAGGACGAGAUGAUGAAGUGCCUCCUCCAUGCCUUCCACUGUGCUGAGCCCAGCUCCCGACAGGUCAGCUGCCUCCCCCUCUUCAUGUCCCUGCUAACCUACGACGUGUACUACCGCUUGGAAACAGCAGAGGGCGACACACAGACAGAGCCAAAACAGACAGAAGUACCGCUGACCUCCAUCUGUUACCACGGCUCCCGGUUGGUCCAAGCGCUGGCGAAGUUCAAGGAGCGCUCGCUCCUCCUCAGCAGCCUGCGCACGCUCACUCCCGCUGACCUCUUCACUCUGGCUUCACACGCUGCUGGCAGCCACGUCCUCCAAGCGCUCAUCACCACGGCCAGCGACAAAGGCCGGGGCAAGAUCCUCAAGAGGCUGGAGGGUCAGUACUCCGCCAUGGCGUGCUCCAGGUUGGGCAGUCGUGUGCUUGAAGCGGCGUGGAGCAGCGCUUCGGUCAGCCAGCAGCAGAGCAUCGCUCAGGAGUUAGUUCAGAGUGAAAGCCAGCUGCGGUCCGAUCAGUUUGCUCGUCACGUGUGGGCCAAGUUCGCUCUCUCCCACUUUCUGCACCGAAGAGCCCACUGGCAGGAAAUCCAGACUGGCGAGUCCAAGAAGCGGAAGCUUUUCAACGACAUUCUCAGCUGAAGAGUUCAUUUGUGUACAAGCUGGUGCUUUUACUCUGAUUGAAUAAAGGAAAUCUACGUCUGUGUUGCUAUGGAAACACUUCUGGAAUCUGUCGUUCAUGAUCAUGUUUGUCCAGAUCAGUUGAUGAGAAGACAUUGAUUCAAGUGGGAAACUGAUACUAGAUUGAUGUUUUUAAUGUUGAAGAAAACUUAUGAAUAUUUCUAUUUCUACCGUGUUUUUCUUAUCUAAUUAUUUAAUGUCAAUGAGAAGUCUUUGGCCAAAAUCUAAAUAUGCUGUUUUUCUGAAUAUGCAAAAUGACUGUAUGUUUUGGAGUAAAUUUUUUAUUUAAUUUAUCUUUUUUUUUCCAUAGUUUAGUUGACUUACCACUACACACUUUAAUGUGAAUUAAUGGUUAUUUUUUCUCUAGCAGUUAUUGUUCCACUACCGACCACUAGAGGGCACUGUAGACAGUAUGACGUCGGCAACCCACAAGAAGAAGUAUCAGAGUUGUUCCAAAGUGACACAAACAAUGGAGAAUUUAACAUAUGGUCAUUUAAAGUGAAUUAAAGAAUUGUUAGCACGUUAUCUAGACAAUUAUUAAAAUGUUUAAUUAAUAUACUACAUUCCUCCUAUGUUUCAUGAAGCUAAAUACAGUUACGCUAGCGUAGUGUGCAUAUAUUCAAUAUAUUAUCUAUUCCGUUACUAUGAUUUGCCUUUUUAAAAUAAAAUGUUUUUUUUUUUUUUUUGUUAAACAUUUCUCUCUAAACUGUGACAUAAAUUUUUUCUUCUUUAUUAUGCCUUGUUUUUUGCCUCUAAUCGGCCCCUAAACAACCUUCUAAGGUGGGAUGUUUAAAUGUUGAGAUCCUAAAUCCCUUUGGUCAAAAACUGAUGCUUGUGAGUUCCACAACUUGUGCCGCUUUACUUUACCAUGACAGAUAGAAUUAUUUUUGUAGUCCUAAGAUUCAGAACGGAGAAGAGUGGAUGCAUUUUUUGUUUUUUUUUAAAGACAAACGCUGCAAGGGAUUUCUUUUUUUUGUUCCUCAGAAGAUCAUUUGGGAAUAAGACAAAACAUGACA